CCCUGGUUGAGUCAUUCAAUUGCUCGUCAUAGUCUCGCAGCCAAUUCGCAAAAUACUAGCCCUGACCACCUGCAUGUUUGGCUCUAUGAACCUCAAAAAAGGAAAAAAAGAAAAACCAGCCGAUAUUCUUACCAUAGGAAUCAAGUAAUCCACGACCAGAAUGUCGAAUAUAGUAGUUCCCGAGAUGGAGGCCUCUUCACAGGCCGUCGAUGCGCAAACCAACACAGAUAUCGUCGAGACAUAUGAGCGCAUCCUCGCUUCCGAUCCGGAACUGACCAUGCCCGUCGCUGCUAUCGAGGCUCUCAUCAAUGUUCUCGGCCAGACCACAUCGUCAACCGUGAUGGAGACGCUUGACAUCAUCCGCACGGCUGCCGAUCGCCUCAGGACCUCAGUCCCCAACCCCGUGCCUCUUGCUGCAGGCACGGAUCUUUUCCAGCAGUACCUCCUCCGGUCGCUUAAGAAGCAGGACACAAACGAUGCCCACGCCGGCUUUGAGGAGACGAGACAGUACCUGAUCCGCAACAGCAGAGUCUUCGCCAGCCGCGCCAAGCAGGCCAGGGCCGAGAUCGCUGAGCGCGGCGCGAGGAUCAUCGGCGAGGGCUCGUGUGUGCUGACCGGAGGUGGCAGUCGCACUAUUGCUGCCGUGCUGCUGCGCGCUGCCGAGGUGCACAGCGCCGAGUUUGGGAGCCCGCGGUUCAAGGUCGUCUACGUCGUCGACCUGCGCUUCCCCAGCAACGUCGUCGAGAAUCUCAGGUCGCGCGGUGUGCCCGUGGCCGAGGUCAGCGAGCGCGAUAUCGCGCACGUCCUGCGCACCACUGGUGUCGACUUUGCCCUGCUCGGAGCUGAGGUACUUUGCCAAAGCGGGGGUGUCCUGUCGCGGAUAGGGACUUACAAUAUUGUUGAACUCGUUGCUGCUUACAAAAAGCCGGUCUACUUUGCUGCCGAAAGCCACAAGAUUGCCCGUGUUUAUCCUUUGAGCCAAUUGGACCUGCCGCGCUGUGGAGUGCAGCAGCAGGUCGCAAAUUUCACUACUUCAAAUGAGCCGCCAAAGCAGACGAGCGCAGCUAAUGAGGAUCCAAUUGAUUAUACUCCGCCAAAGAUGAUCACAAAGGUCAUUACAGAAUAUGGCACAAAAACCCCCAGUGGAAUCUACGAAAUGUUGCUAGACAUAUAUUCUUGAGCAGCAAAUAGCUUCCGUCAAGGCUGCAGAUGGCGCAUAUUUGACGUCACGCCCCAAGAAGACAACUGCGUAGUAUCGCUGGUGUAGACUCAGGGCUUGGCCCGUCUUCCAAGCUUCCUCGCCCAUGCAAAGCUUUGAGUGCAAAGUAUCAGAGAAGGGCUUACAUCAUCGCACAAGCUGCCAUAGGGAUGGAAGAGCUGCUUUGGCUAUGAGACAUGUGUAAUCUAACUGUUUCAGAAUUGAAGGCUCAUGGUCGCUGGUGCCAACGCACUAGCAUGGCGAAGUAUGGCUAUGUGCGGAAAGAUUUGGCAUUUGAUGAGUAUCAUGCAAGGACUCCAAGAAGGUCGCAAUACAUGGCGCCGCUCAUUAAGUAGAAUAAGAUGAGCGUUUGGGGAACAGAGAACAAAACAAGUCGUUGGUGGCCCUCUAAGAUUGGACCUGAAAUCACACGAACCACGAAACGUUCAGGAAUCGCACGCUAUGUUGGGUCAUGGCCUUUCAUUCACGAUUAAAGCUGCAAAUCAAUUAAUUAGACGGAGGUAUCAUGUGUUCUG